CCAGCCUUUCCACCACUACCAUGGUGUCAUCUUGCUCUUUUUCCUUGGCCUUCACCACCUCAUCUUCUCCAUUCUUCUCAUAAUUAAUUGACCAGACCUGUUAUUUUUUAUAUGGGGUUUUCAGCUUCUUUGGUACAGGAGAGCCAGUGACAGUGAAAUGACAGAAUGCAUCUGAACUGCUCCCAGCCCAGAUCAAAUCUGGCCUUCUCUGGUAGAUUUGAGCUGUUUUCUCAAAUGGGUUCUUGCUAUUUUCUCUGAUUAACUAAGAAGUCAUCCAAGAACUGCUUUGGAUAAACAGGGGGGAGGAGAAGGGGACAUUAUUAAGCAGAUAAGAAGUGAAGUUUCUUGUUUUGGGUGUAUAAGCUAUGAAGGAUUUUCCUUCUUGUUUUGGGGAAAAUGGGGUUCAAGUUGCAGAUUUUUCAUCGUCAUCUUCAUCAACUGCUAAUAAAGCUGCUCAGAAUUUAGUAACUUCUGUUUAUCAAUGUCGAUUGCGCGGUAAAUCUUGCUCAAUAACUGUUACUUGGAGUAAAAAUUUGAUGGGUCAAGGCCUUAGUGUUGGGAUUGAUGAUAACACGAAUCAGAGUCUUUGUAAGGUUGAUAUCAAACCGUGGUUGUUCUCUAAGAAGAAAGGGUCGAAGAGCUUAGAAGCAAGUUCUAGUAAACUUGAUGUGUAUUGGGACCUUUCUUCAGCUAAAUUUGGAUCCGGGCCUGAGCCGUUGGAGGGCUUCUAUUUGGGGAUUGUUUGUGAGAGACAAAUUAUUUUACUGCUAGGAGACAUGAGAAAAGAAGCUUUGAAGAAAACGGGUGCCACCCCUGCUUCAUCUGGUUCUGUUCUGAUUGCAAAGAGAGAGCACAUUUUUGGUAGAAAAAUGUUUGGGACUAAGGCUCAGUUUUGUGACAAUGGCCCUGUACAUGAUCUCAUGAUUGAAUGUGAUACGACUGGCAUCAGCGAUCCAUGCCUUGUUAUCCGGGUGGAUACUAAGCCAUUGUUGCAGGUGAAGCGACUGACUUGGAAAUUUCGAGGGAAUCAUACCAUUUUGGUUGAUGGGAUUGGAAUUGAAGUAUUUUGGGAUGUUCAUAACUGGCUCUUUGCUACGUCACUUGGAAAUGCAGUUUUCAUGUUCAAGACUUGUGCGCCACCUGAGAAGUUAUGGGCUAGCCAACCUCUCUGUGAUCCACAGACAUUACAUUGGUCAUGGUCACAGAGAUUCCGAGAUACUCAGUCACAUAAUCUUGGUUUCUCUUUGAUAUUGUAUGCUUGGAAGAAUGAAUAGAAGAUUUUGCAUUCUUGGUUUGGUUGAGUGCUAACAAGACCCUCACUGAGCUGUGAUUUUAUUGACUAUGAGAUUAUAUUAUACUUGAUUAUAUUUCUCCAUUUGUUUAAUAGCUUAUUUAGUACAUUAAGAAGUUCAAGAAAAAAUGAGAAAAGAGUAGACAACGUACUUGUCAUUCCUUGUAAAUUCUUAAAAUUGAAAUGUCUGUCAUUUGAUCUUUAUUUCUUUGGGAAAUUUCAGUGCAAAAGUUAGCUC